AUGGCAAUCGACCAAAAUGUCGAAGAGUUGUUGAUUAUAGGAGACUCAGAUCUGAUUAUCCGGCAAGCCCAAGGCGAAUGGGAAACCGGAGAUGUUAAGCUUAUCCCUUACAAAAAGCAUAUGGAAGGCCUCAGCAAGCGAUUCAAGUCAAUAGAGUUCAGUUACAUUCCUCGUUGUCACAACGAAUUAGCUGACGCACUUGCUACUUUGGCCUCAAUACUGCCAUAUCCCGGCAAUGCUCACAUAGAUCCCUUGGAAAUUCAAAUCCGGGAAAGGCAUGGUUAUUGUAAUACAAUUGAAGCAGCACCAAAUACCCAACCAUGGUGCAAUCCAAAGCAAUCGUUCAAGAAACAGGUGCAACCAAAGGGAAAAGAAAUGCACAAGUGCAAGAAACAGCUUUGCAGCAAGGAAUCAACCAAAAAGGGAAGCUUUUCAUAUAACUUGUUCCGUGUUUUGUCGCAAUUAACGCGUGUUAGAGGAUUCUCAAGAGAAACGAUUCAG